AUCUUUCCUGGCACAAGAAUGCCCAUCGUCUAUGCCCUUGUAUCCCGCGGGAAGACCGUGUUGGCAGAGUACACGGCGUCGUCGGGCAACUUUCCGACUGUGACCCGGGUCCUCCUCGCCAAGAUCCCGACCGAAGACAGCAAAAUGUCCUACGUCUACGACCAGCACAUCUUUCACUACGUCGUGGACAACGGAAUCACGUACCUGUGCAUGGCCGACAACGACUUCAAGCGCCGGGUGCCGUUCCAGUUUCUCGAAGACCUCAAGAACCGUUUCCUAGCGACGUACGGCGAACGCGGUCAAACGGCCAUCGCGUUCGCCAUGAACGCUGAGUUCCAACAUGUCAUUCAACGGCAAAUGGAGUAUUACAAUGCGAGCCCCGACGUCGACACGGUAGCACGGGUGCAGCAGUCGCUCGAUGACGUCAAGGACGCCAUGGUCGAGAACAUCGAAAAGGUGCUGGAUCGUGGUGAAAAGUUCGAACUCCUUGUUGACCGCACCGACAAGUUGAGCCAGCAGUCGUUUGUGUUCAACCGAAAGGCGAAGAAGCUGCGCAAGACGCUGUGGUGGCGCAGCGUCAAAAUGUGGGCGUGCCUUGGGGUGGUGGGCCUGGGCAUUUUGUACUUUGUUAUUGCGAUGGCGUGUGGGUUCGACCUUAACGCGUGCAAGAGCGGACACAAACUGACCAACUCGUUGCGCGAUAUUUAAGCUCUCAACUCAAACGAUUUUGCUGCAAUGCCGUUGGUUUGCUUGGCCCUGUCGCAGCAGCUAGACGGCGGCAUCAAACGGAGGUCCGUUGCGUGACGUGUCACGCGUCGGACUUGGUGGCACCGCCGCUCCAGACGCUGAAGGCAUCACGCUCGAGGUUUUCGAUUGCUAGAAGCAAGCGUAAUCGGGUGACAAGCCAUCGUUGCGACGUAUUCGCCG